UCCAAGUCCAAUCCAGACUCUAGUGGGCCCUUCUCUCUCUCUCUCUCUCUCUCUCUCUCUCUCGCUUCUUUCCUCGUGCGCCGACCGGGCGAGCGCCGCCGCCCUCCGCCAGGUCUUCGCCGGCGACGAGCACCCAUCAGAGGGGGAUCGUUCUUGGCACAAUGGAAGGAGGAGGACUACCAGGGCCAUCGCAAUCCAUCCAGGUUUCCGGAGACGCGUACUGCAACAGCUCCGCUGCGCCCCUGGACGCUGCCGGCAGCAGCAGCUCACCGGCCGUCGCGAAGCUCCGGAAGCUGCUGUUCCGGCGGAUGCUCAUCGGCGUCAACGACGGCCGCUACUUCCACGGCCUGUUCCACUGCAUCGACAAGCAGGGCAACAUCAUCCUCCAGGACGCCGUGGAGUACCGCAGCGCCGCCCGUCAUUGCUCGCCUCCCACGGAGCAGCGCUGCCUGGGGCUCAUCCUCAUCCCGGCCGCCUGCCGGUCGUCUUGCCAGGUUGAUUGCUCCGUUGAAGAGAAGAUGUCGCUCCUCGGUUUGGAAUGAAUUGUGCUUCUGAAGAUGCUAUGCAUAAGCUACUGAGCAUAGAAAAGAUGUCGCUCCUGAGUUUGGAUUGAAUUGUGCUUCUGAAGAUGCUUGGCAGUUACUGAGCAACUGAGCAUAGAUUGCAGCCAAUUCUGUUAUCUGAUAAGGGCCCUGCAUGUAUUUUUUUUGUUGUACUAGCUAACAUCUUUGAAGAACAAAAUUGGUGUUCCUGUUUUUAAAGAAUUGUGUUCCUAUUUUUAAAGAAUUGUUUAUUUGAAACUA